CCUAAAACAACCGAGCUUUCUUGAUUUUCGUUCAGUAGUAACUAAAUAAAAGCAUGGCUUCAAAUGCUAUUUUGUUUAUCACAUUAGCCCUCUUCAAUUUCAUUUGCAUUACCUUCGCCUUCGACCCUCGUCCUCUUCAAGACUUCUGCGUUGCAAAUCCUACGGGAAAUGCAACAUGCAAGGACCCAAAAACAGUUACUGCAGAUGACUUCUUCCUCAGCGGUCUAGAUCGGCCCAGAAGCUUUAACCCUUAUGGAGUUGCACGCGCCAUUGCGAACCCAACCACUGUGCCAGGGUUCAACACCCAGGGGUUGACAUUUACGCGCGUGGAGUUUGUGCUGAAUGGCUAUGUCCCCCCACACAUUCACCCUAGAGCGUCGGAGGUGAUCUAUGUGGCGGAAGGUAUGGUCGAGGUCGGGUUCGUAACCACAUACCCAGACUACAAAUAUUAUAGCAAAGUUCUGAACGAAGGUGAUGUCUUCAUCUUUCCUGUCGGGCUUGUCCACACCGUGCGAAACGUGGCCAGAGGAAAAACUGUCACUUUGGCGGCUCUCAACAGCCAGAAUCCAGGCUUUAUCUUUAUACCCGACAAUGUUUUCGCGGCGAAGCCCGCCAUCAACAGCAAUUAUCUGGCCGGAGCGUUUAAGCUGUUGGAGUUUACUGUGAAAGUUUUGCAGACGAAACCGUGGUUUAUGUUUCUCUAAUGUAUUAAUAGUUUUAAAUUUCUCAAUGGUGAUUGAAUGCUAGAAUAAUAUGAAUUCAUGUUUGAAUAAAAUUUAAUUCAUAUCCUCUAUUUGUAUCGUAUCGUUAAGUUUCUGGAAAAAUGUUAGUUGGUGUUGGUGUUUC